AUGGGCACCGGCAUGUGCUCCAGGAGGCAGAAGGGGCUCCUGCAGACCGCCUUCUGCCUGGUCACCGUGGCGUGCCUGGGCUCCGGAGUUUUCCUCUACAACCACUUGCAGCAGAAGGUGCGGAACGCAGAAGCCCUGGCCCAGAAAUACAAACAGCAGCAGGAAGCGCUGUCAGCGCAGCUCCAAGUGGUGUACGAGCACAGGUCCCGGCUGGAACGGUCCCUGCAGAAGGAGCGAGGGGAGCACAAGAAGACAAAGGAAGAUUUUUUAGUGUACAAGUUAGAAGCUCAGGAAGCUCUCAACAAGGAGAAGCAAGACUCCAUGAACAGAUAUGGGGCCCUCAGCUCCCAGCACAAGAUCCUGAAGAACCAGCACGACGAUGUCAAGAAGCAGCUGCUUGACCUGCAGGUGCAGCACAACAGCCUGAAGCUGGAACACCGCAAGACACUGGAGAGCCACAGCCAGAAAUACGCCCAGCUGCAGCAGGAGAAGGACAGCGAGGUCACCAGCCUGCAGGAUACAGUGUUUAAACUCAGGGAGGAGAGCAAGCUCCUUCGGAAGGCCCACCAGGAGGUUCACUCCCAGCUCCUUAAUGCCCAGGCCCAGAUGGAAGAGUUCAGGCAGCUCAAGGAAGCUCUACAGAAGAUGCCAGGCUUCAGAGGAGGAGGAGGAGGAGCUGGGAAGGGGCAGCAGCCCGUGGUGCCAGCCCACAGCCAGCUGCAGCUGGGGAGGCAGAAGGGUUUUCCAGUCAAUCCAGAGAACGGGGUCCCUCUGGCAUCCCCAGUCUCUGGGUUCCAGAGGCCGGCAGAAGUCCCGAUGCUGCAGGGACAGAACUCCUACAGCAAGGACGGCCCGAGGCCACAGCCAAACGUGCCCUUAACCCACCCCACCCCACCCCAGGAUGCCAACUCGCUGCCAGAGGCUGUGCCAGCCUGGCCAGCGCGCCGUGGGGACGGGCACGUGGUGAGGUUCACCCGGACCAUGAACAGCUUCCCAAACGGGAACCCCGACGUGAAGAUGGUGAUGCGCAUCCAGGUGAGGAGCCACGAGGAAAGCCAGGCUCCUGGGCUGGCCCUGCCUGGUCCCAGACAACCCUCUGCAGCAGGAAAACCUCCAGUUCCAGACAGCCACCUCUCCCCAGGGAACAGACAGGGGCAAAUGCAAAGCUGGAAAGACAUAGUGAACAAGGUGAAUGCCCAGAUGGACGAAGAACAAGCACGUGGUUACCCAAAGAACCUCCAGUUUGAGCCCCAGCCUGGGCAGGAGGGGCAGAGGGGCAGCUCCCAGGCCCCCAGCCAGGGGAGAGGGGAAGAGCAUCACAGAGCUGAGCAGGGAGGAGAGAAGGAGAGGAUGGAUGAGGAAGAACUGGAAAUGGAUGCAGGAGUGAUUGAGAGGGAGGAGAACUUGCACCCCCAGAAAGAGACUGUUGUCCAGGAGCCAAUGAUGCCAGAUGAUGCUGCAGAUCCUGCCCAGGAUCCCAAUAACCAAGGCGAGGAUGAGUUUGAGGAAGCUGAGCUGGAGAGACCCGACUUCGAAGAGAAGGUGGGAGGUUUGGAGAAGUUCAAGGAGCCCAGUGUGAAAGAAGAGUCAAAGGAGAAGCCACUGAAGGAUGCUGGCAGACCUGCCAAGCCCAGGGAAGACCCAAUGGAUGACUAUCAAGAAGAUCAGGAGCAAGAAAUUGUACGACACCAAGGAGGAUCAUGGAGGUGAGGUGGAUGACAACGAUGACCUGGAGCUUGUCCAAGAGCAGAAGGACCGUGUGGGCCUGCGGGGAGCUGGUGGCAAGAAGGAUGACUACUACUGAGAGAUGCUGAAGGAAAACGGGAUACUCUCGGAAUGAGGGGACGGGAACUCCUCCUGGGAACUGGCUCCUGUAUUAAACACUGCCCAGAACAAAGGCAGGAGGAGGUAACUCUUGCAGGCCCUGAGCAGGGGCCUUGCAGACGUGAUUACAUCUCUGUGUGGGGGCCGUUGGCUCUCCGGUCGAUGGCAUGGAAGUGCUCCCAGACUGUAGGAACGAUUUUAUCCUGCUGCUUUUCUUAGAAGCACUUUUUGAUUUACUGUGUUCUUCACCUUCUUGUUUUCCAUAUCCCCUCCACAGCUGGAGAGGGGGUUUUUUUGUUGGUUUUUGGGGGUAUUUUACCCCCCUGGGCAGCAGAGGGGUGCCUGAACCGAUCCCUGGACUUACUCAACUGAUUGCUAAUACAAAGGAAUCUCUCUUCAUAAAA